GUUACCUGCACCACAGGAAUGCGGUGGCCGUCGCUUUUUCCAGGACUCUGCUUUCUGCUGAGCUUGUCUGGAGCUGUGGAUCAGAAGCCCAAAGCUACCUGUUCUCACUGCCCCCCAAAUGCUUCCUGCGUCAAUGGCACUUACUGUACCUGCAACCCUGGAUACGUUUCUGGAUCUGGGCAGAAAUUCUUCACGUUCCCCUUGGAAACAUGUGACGAUAUCAAUGCCUGUCGACCACCCUUUAGCGUAUAUUGUGGAUUAAAUGCUGAGUGUCGGUAUGCCAAAGGAAGCUCCUACUGCCGCUGCGUUCCCGGAUAUGAACUCCUUGCUGGGGACACAGAAUUCAAGAAUUUCAAUGAGAACACCUGUCGGAACGCCACCUCCUCAAAGACAAACAAAGGCAAGAAAGAGCUGCAACGGAUUGUCAACCAAUUUGAGUCAUUGAUCACCAAUAAUACUCUAUGGCAAAUGGAAAAGAAGCAAGAAGUCGCAUCCACGGCUACAUCUAUCCUCCGGGAUGUGGAAUUAGAUGUUCUAAAAACUGCUUUGAAAGCCCCAGAGCAAAAAGUCCAGAAAGUCCAAAACAGUACUGUGGCCGUUGAAACUCGAGUGGUUACAGACAAUUGCUCUGAAGAAAAGAAGACAUUCAGCUUGAAGUCCCAAAUGAACUCAUUGGACAUCCAUUGCAAAGACAUUGUCCAGGGAAACAUACAAGGGCCCAGUGCAGUAGCCUUUAUUUCCUACUCUUCUCUUGGAAACAUCAUAAAUGCAUCAUUUUUUGAAGAGAAGGGUGAGAAACAUCAAGUUUACUUGAACUCCCAGGUGGUGAGUGCUGCUAUCGGACCCAAGAGGAACACGUCUCUCUCCAAGUUUGGGACUCUGACUUUCCAGCAUGUGAAGAUGGAUCCCAGUAUUAAAAAGGCCUUCUGUGUCUACUGGAAGAGCACAGAGCAGGGUGGCCACUGGUCCAGAGAUGGCUGUUUCCUGAUACAAGUGAACGGAAGUCACACCAUAUGUAAUUGCAGCCACCUGUCUAGUUUCGCUGUACUCAUGACCUUCACCACCCAGGAGGACGAUCCUGUGCUGACCAUCAUCACCUACGUGGGGCUGAGCCUCUCUCUGCUGUGCCUCCUCCUGGCGGCCCUCACCUUCCUCCUGUGCAAAGCCAUCCAGAACACCAGCACCUCCCUGCACCUGCAGCUCUCGCUCUGCCUCUUCCUGGCCCACCUCCUCUUCCUCACGGCGAUCGACCGAACCGAACCCAAGCUGCUGUGUGCCAUCGUCGCUGGUGCCUUACACUACCUCUACCUGGCCUCCUUCACCUGGAUGCUGCUGGAGGGCCUGCACCUCUUCCUCACCGCGCGGAACCUGACGGUGGUCAACUACUCCAGCAUGAACAAACUCAUGAAGUGGCUCAUGUUCCCAGUUGGCUACGGCGUCCCCGCCGUGAUUGUGGCCGUUUCUGCAGCAUCUAAGCCUCAACUUUAUGGGACCCCUGAUCGCUGCUGGCUCAACCUGGAUCAGGGAUUCAUCUGGGGUUUCCUUGGCCCAGUCUGCGCCAUUUUCUGUAUGAAUUUAGUAUUUUUUCUCUUGGUCCUUUGGAUUUUGAAAAGGAAAUUUUCCUCCCUCAAUAGUGAAGUGUCAACCAUCCAGAACACAAGGAUGUUGACACUUAAAGCGACACUUCAGCUCUUCAUCCUGGGCUGCACGUGGUGCCUGGGCAUUCUGCAGGUGGGUCCAGCUGCCCAGGUCAUGGCCUACCUCUUCACCAUCAUCAACAGCCUUCAGGGUUUCUUCAUUUUCCUGGUCUAUUGCAUCCUCAGCCAGCAGGUCCGCAAACAAUACCAAAAGUGGUUUGGAGAGAUCGUGAAGCUAAAAUCUGAGUCUGAGACACUUACGCUCUCCAGCAAGCUUGGCCCUGACUCAAAGCCCAGCGAGGACAAGUAAAAAGAAAAUAUUGAAACUAGAACAUUCAGCUUCAUAUGAAAAAGGCAUUACCCAUGGAGCUCGUUGGCAGCAUGAAGAAUGAAGCUGAGAACAAGGGAACUCAUUACACGUAUCAUCCUUAGA